AUGAGCUCCACAGAGUCAGGGGGCAUCAGCAUAGUGGGGCCCAGUAAUGCAGAGCCCCCACCUCGUCCUCCAAGUCCAGCCAUGUAUCAGGUGGAUAUCGUCCUGAAGAAAGGGAACAACCUGGCCAUCCGAGAUCGGACAGGGACCAGUGACCCGUAUGUGAAGUUCAAGAUUGCGGGGAAGGAGGUGUUCAGGAGUAAAACCAUCCAUAAGAACCUUAACCCGGUGUGGGACGAGAGAGUGACCCUACACGUGGAAAACCUGAGGGACCCGCUAUAUGUCAAGGUUUUUGACUAUGACUUUGGACUCCAGGAUGAUUUCAUGGGCUCAGCGUAUCUCCACCUGGAGUCACUGGAACAUCAGAGGACACUGGAUGUGACGCUGGACCUGAAGGACCCACAGUACCCUGAAAACAACCUGGGCAGCCUGGAUCUAGCUGUCACUCUGUCACCGAAGGAGGGAGACUUUAGGGAUGCUACCAUGCUUUUGAGAAGGAACUGGAAACGAUCUAGUAAGUAUCAGAGUAUGCGUCUGUCAGAUGUGCACAGAAAAGCCCAGCUGUGGCGAGGUAUAGUCAGCAUCAGUCUGAUAGAAGGUCGCCGCCUGCAGCCCAUGGACACCAAUGGCCUCAGUGACCCUUACGUCAAAUUCAGGAUGGGGCACCAGAAGUACAAAAGCAAGACAAUUCCCAAAACGCUGAACCCCCAGUGGAGAGAGCAGUUUGAUUUCCACCUGUAUGAGGAGCAGGGAGGUUUUGUAGACAUCACAGUGUGGGACAAAGAUGCUGGCAAGAAGGAUGACUUCAUGGGAAGGUGUACCAUUGACCUGUCGCAUCUCAGUAAAGAGCACACACACAAGCUGGACCUGCCGCUGGAGGAAAGCGAAGGAGUGCUGGUUCUCCUGGUUACACUCACUGCCUCUGCUGCCGUUUCCAUCUCAGACCUGUCAAUCAACAUGCUGGACGACCCGAACGAGAGACAUCAGAUCAUGCACAGAUAUAGCCUGUGGAGGUCACUGCACAACCUGAAAGAUGUCGGCGUGGUGCAGGUAAAGGUCAUCAGGGCGGAGGGACUGAUGGCGGCAGAUGUCACAGGUAAGAGUGACCCGUUCUGUGUGGUGGAGCUGAGUAAUGAUCGACUGCAAACUCACACCGUCUACAAAAACCUCAACCCAGAGUGGAACAAAGUCUUCACUUUUAACGUGAAGGACAUCCACUCGGUACUCGAGGUCACCGUUUACGACGAGGACAGAGACAGAAGUGCAGAUUUCCUGGGGAAAGUGGCUAUUCCUCUACUAAAUAUCCAAAAUGGAGAACGCAAAGCCUACGCCUUGAAAAGCAAGGAGCUGACAGGGCCAACAAAAGGGGUCAUCUUUCUCGAAAUAGACGUGAUAUUUAAUGCUGUGAAGGCUGGUCUCAGGACGCUGAUUCCCAUCGAGCAGAAGUACAUCGAGGAGGAGCCCAGAGUGUCCAAACAGCUGCUGUUACGCAACUUUAACAGAGUCAGACGCUGCAUCAUGUUCCUCAUCAAUACUGGCUGCUACAUCAACAGCUGCUUCGAAUGGCACUCACCACAGAGGAGCAUCUGUGCUUUUUUGUGCCAGCCGCAUGUACACAUCGUCCAUUAG